CGAACUGGGUUCAACUUCAUCCACAUCCCGGAGAACUGCGUCGCCUGCGUUUUCAUGUACCUGACUCCGCCGGAGAUUUGCAACCCGGCCAAGCUCAACCGGGCGUUCCGCAGCGCGGCGUCGUCGGAUGCGGUUUGGGAAUCGAAGCUGCCCCCUAAUUACCAUGAUCUGCUUGAUUUGCUGCCUCCCGAGAGGUACCAGAACCUGUCAAAGAAGGACAUCUUUGCCCUGCUCUCCCGCCCCGUGCCUUACGAUGAUGGCAAUAAGGUGUUAUGGCUGGACAGGGUCACCGGAAGGGUUUACAUGUCGAUUUCUGCAAAGGCCAUGGCUAUAACAGGGAUUGAGGAUCGGCGAUACUGGAAUUGGAUUCCUACUGAAGAAUCAAGGUAA